UUGACAUUCUCGGGUGAAAUAAGAAAGGUUAUUCUUUUUUUUUUCAUCCUCUUUAUUGCUGCACACUGACCUUUUCAACAAAGCGUGCAGCACUUGUAAGGUCAACCUGUUUACGGCUUUGUAAUAACAGUCAUCAUGGUAACACAACUACGGGAACAUCUCGUGCUGCUGGUCGCCCUCCAGCAAGCCACAGAGAUAUUCACAUUUUCGCUGCCAAAAGGUAAUGUUCGUAACAGAGCACCUGACUCUUGCAAGCGCGAGAAUGAGACAAAAGUUGCAUGUUAAAGUAAAAUUGCAAAAUUUCUCACAUGAUUGUAGAUUGUAUCUUCUUCAGUUUUCGGCGAUGAAAUCUCUUGGGUUGACGAAACACUGCUGUCGUUGAUGUCCGGAUCGUGUAAAGAAACUCACGUAAUGCUGGUGGUUGACGACGAGAGCGAGCACUUGGUUCAUCUGGCAGAAGUCUUGGCCAGUGUGGAGAACACACUUCUCUCCACACAAAUUAUGCGGCAGCAAACACUCCUCGAGCUGCAUUUGCCAGCUUAUCACGUGAGAGGAGAUUUGGUGACUGCUGUGUUAAUCUUCCAAAAGCAUCCUGAUUCUUUCUUGCUACAACUUCAUUCCAACACAGAAUGGAAUCCUAAGUACCUUGUUCUCAUUUGUCUAAACAAGCAGCUCAACGCCACAAGCCUGUUCACUGUUCCCGUCAUACAGCGGUCAGAGUUCAUCUUUCUUCUUCAAAGCUCCAUGAAACGAAACAAACGUCUCGUCGUUACCUACACAAGCUUUCCUUUACAAGCUGAUUCGCGAGGCAAGAAGCUGGUAAAAUCAUCAUUAGGGAUUUGGAAACCGGAUCGAUUUGCAACACGAGAAUCAGUCUUUCCAGAAAGGUUUGAGAAUUUUGGAGGCCAUGUGCUUCAACUGUCGACAUGGUGCGACGAUACUCCCUUCAUGUAUCUGAACAAGAAUGGUGUAUGCAUUGGAGAGAGUCUGGAUGCACUCGAAAUAAUUGCUAACAAACAUAAUUUCGCUUACGUCGUGCAGCUCAAGCCUGAGGAUGAACUAUGGGGCUAUAUAGAGAAUGGGACGUGGGUAGGACUGAUGGGAGGACUAGAACGUGGAGAAAAGGAUCUCACUAUAAACGCCAUAGUUCUCAACUGGGAGAGAGGUCAUGAUUUCGACUUUGCGUAUCCUUAUCAGACGGAGGGAUUUGCCUUCAUGAUCGCCCUGCCACCACCACUGCCCAGCUGGAGGAGACUCUUUUACCCCUUCACAGGCGAGGUGUGGGGUGGCGUCGUGGGUGCUGCCCUGCUGGCCCCAUCAUUGUUUGGGCUCCUUGCGCGCUGGUUUAAUCCUGUUCAAGAUCCCAUCAACUUGGCUCUUAAGAUUGGUGCCGGCCUGUUGAAGCAGAGCGUGAAGGUAUCAGAACUGAGAGCGUGGUGGUCACGGGUGUGGGCGGGAUGGUGGUGGAUCGCUGUCUUUAUUCUCUGUACAGCCUACACAGGAAACCUGGUUGCCGUAUUGACAGUGCCCGAGUACCCAAAACUGAUCACCACCGUGGAAGAGCUUGCGGAAUCCAGUCUGGGAUUAAAAAUGCUUGACUACGGUAAUUUUGUGCCUGAAGCCUUGCUGGUAUCGAACCAUAGUGCACUUGCUGUCCUGGGAAAAAAGAUGAAGCUUGAGCCUUUUCACGAGGAGGAUAUGUACAGCAACUUGGUUAAAGAUGUAAAGGCAGGAACACAUGCAAUGUUAGAGGCCUUCUCUUACCUUGUUUACGUCCAGUACACCUACAACAUGACCCACACCGCCUACAUCGUGCCCGAUAAGAUUUACUCGAGCUACCUGACGUGGUUCUUGCCUCGAAAUACUCCGUACACCCCAGUGUUCUCCCGCGCCCUCACUCGCCUCAAGGAGACUGGGAUAAUGGCGCGUCUCUCCUCCAUCCACCUGGACCUCACCUUAAAGGCGAGACCCGCGCCUCGAGGCGGGAUAUCACUGAGUCUACCACAGCUGCAGGGGCCCUUCCUGGUGUGGAUGCUGUGUUGUGCGGCUGCCUGUCUCAUUUUCACCUUGGAAUGCUUAACUAGAACUAUUUGAUUCUGCUUCUGAUUUCCCGAAUGCUCUUGUAUUCUGCCUCCAACAUUUUUUUUUUCUGCUUUGUAUCAGUUUUAGGUUCUUAUUUUCUUCACAUUCGGCACCACUAUUUUCUUUAAGUAUUUAUAUAACAUAUUUAUUUUACCUGUAAUAGUUUUGUUUAUUUAUUCAGUUUUACGUUCUUUUCUUUUUAUUGUCAUGAUGUCUCAUCUUUUGAUUUACUUUCUUUUAAUCUCAUUUAUUAUUGCUUUCCUCAGCCUCCAGUCGAACUGUCUCUGAUCGCUGCCAUCACCGCCUCAACAAAGAUUUUAGUCAUGGCUACGCAAGUUAGCAAUGGCGGUGGUGGUAGUGGUGUGUGUACUUAUGUAUGUUAUACGACCUCAUGUAAAUGACUAGACGUAUAUAAAAUUGCCAUCGGACAAGUAAAUGGGGGUGGUCAGUUCUGAAAAAAAAGUUAUAGGCUAUUAAAGAAUAAAUAAACAAAUUAACGAUA